AUGGUAGAGCCGAUACAGCAGCAUGGCGAGAGGAGCGCGAGCCCAGUCAAGGACAACCCGAGGGAACGUAGCCGCAGUCCAAAGCGGGACAGAGGCACCGACAUUCCGCGACAGGUCUCGGUUUCCGUCACUGGGAAUGGAGUUGCCAGCCGUUCGAGCCCGACUCUGUCCCUGGAGCCGGCCAAGAUAACGGAGCAGGUCCGCAAGGUCUUGGGCGAGGAUUGCGACUCCUUGCCGGUGAUCGUCGGCAUUGUGUGUGCCCAACUGGCUUCAAAGCAGGCCUUGGAUAUCCAAACCUUGAGCGAGCAGAUUGCACCUCACCUACCAUCGCAGAAGCAAAGACAGCUAAAGGCUUCAGAGGCAGCAAAGCUGGGAGCCAAGACUGGGAUCUUGCUUCGGCUAGGCAUGGCAGGAAAUAGGUCUGACCCAAGACUGAGCCAGGCUCCGAACCAUUUUCAGGAGCCCAGAUCGGCACUUCGCCUGAUUCCUGAGGGCGAUGCGGUCACUUUGCACGGCUUGGAAAAGAGGCCUGACCUCAACGGUUGCACCGCAGAGGUGCUCAGAGUUGCAGAUCCCUCACAGCCGGGACGAAUCGUGCUGAAGCUGGAGAGCGGAAGUCAGAUUGCAAUCCGGCCCCAGAACCUUCAGCACGUGCAGCCUGAGGGCUCUGCAGAAGCAAGCGAGAAGCCAUCCGAUAGACAGGACGAGGCCGAGGCUCGUGGCGAGCUGCCCGCGCAGCGAGCUGAGUGCAAGAAGGGGGACUCGGACCCUGACACGUGGCGUCGCACGGGGUCUCGCUGCGCCUUUCCAGGGAUCGGCGGAAGAAGGCAAAGACUGAGCUGGAUACUCGCGGCGGAGCAGGGCUCCCAACCUGCCGAUCUCAGCUCUCAGCCCCGCCACAUUUUCUUGACAGAUUGGCGGGAGCUCAUCAUGGGCACAGAGCCCAAGGAACCUCAGCCCGAGGUUGCAGAGGAGCCUCCGAAGCGUGAGCCCAUCAAUUUCGUGCCGGCAGAGGAGAAGACACUCAUGCCCAGCCGCAAAGUGACGGUAAUCGAUCCUCGCCGAAAUGGGCGGCCCGCCGAAGAUUCGGAUGACGAGGAAGUGGGAACUCCUGGGGUUGUCCGACCUCGCAAAUCGGUCCAGGACAAUGGGUCAUCCUGGCAAGAAGGAUCCACGUCCUUCGACUCGCCGAAGCUGAAGGCAUGCAAGGAUCCCGAGCCGGUCUGCAGGAUGCCUGCUGCCCCUGCGAGGGGUCUGGCGCGAACGCCAUCUGUGCCACACUCUCCGACUCCGACCACUUCAACCAAGCCGUCGCCUCAG